GUUAAAUAGCAAUUUUGAAGAGAAAAAGAAUUGAUAAAAAAAAUACCCCGACAGAUUGUCCACAACGAAAGUUUGCGUUUAUCAAUUUACACAGAUGGAUUUCUUGCGAAUCAUCUUCAAAGGUUCACAACUUUUGACGGAGGAAAUUGUGUGGAGGAAUUAUCACUGGUAAAAAAAAGAGAAGAGAAGAAGAAAAAACACUGAAGAAAGUGAUUUUAUGAAAGUUUUUUCGAGCGUAAUAAUGUAGGUAGACAAAUUAAAAUUUUUCAUUAAGAAUUUCCCUUUGUUUUCACACACCGCAAAAAAUAUCUGCAGAAUUCCAUUGUAUGAAGAAGAAUAAAAUGCAAUUGGCAACAACACAAGAAAAAAAUCGUUCUCUCCAAUUGACAUGAUGCAAAGUUAUAUAUGAAAUAGUUGAAUUUGAUGAUAAAAAAAACAUGUGUAAUUGCUGACUGUAAAUUUGCUUUAGAUGAGCGAGAGAGAAAGAGAGAGAAGAAAAGAUGAUAAAAUGAAUUUAAAGUCUAAUCAGUUUUCUUAUGUAAUAAAAAGGAUGAAUUUCACUGAAGAAUUAUUACUUUGUACAGAAAAUGUUUCAUUUCCUUUUGCUUCUCAGUUGACAAAAAAAGGUAAAAAAUUAGCGAGAGAAAGAGAGAAAAAGUGAAAUAAUAUCAUAACACUUUCCUGUCCACUCUUGAACAGGUGAAGUUUAAUGUUGGGAUAGCAUUGAGAUAUAAUUUUAAUAAUUUGUAUUGAUUAUACAUUUUAAAUUCCUUUUUUCGAUUAUAAGGAGUAAUAAAAUAUUUUGAAAGAAUGCAACGGAUUUCUUUCGGCUGGCGUUCGUCGUUUUUUUCCGGUGGUGAGUUUAGGAACAGUUUUUUCAGCCACUCCAAAGUGUAAACAAACGCAGUUUUACGUGUCAGUAUUGCAAAAUUUGGGUUGUUUUUGUGAAAAAUGGGCUCCAUAGACAAUCCUCUGCUCCAGUGUCACACAAUUCGUGACUUGAUGAACAAGAUAAGCAGAAUUCACAGUGAAAUAAUCGAUCAUGAAAAUACGCGACCAAAGUGUGAAAUUUGCUGGCAAAAUCACACCGAAUUCAACUCCAUUAAAUCCCAAUUGCUGCUCAUUGUGCACGAAUCUUCACUGGCCAAGGAGGAACAGCCACGGCCGAUCUUCGAGUACGUCCAGCUCGAUGGGGGUUUGCAAAUGCAGUCCGUGUGCACGGAUGGGAUCAAGGAGGAGCCAGAAGUGCUGAUUUCGGAUGCGUGCGAAGUGCGGAAAGAGGAGCAGGACGAGUGCAAUUCCUGGGAAAGUGGUUCAGAGAACUGCGAAAUGGUCAGAGAAGAGGAUGCCCUGCGGAAGGGCGGCAAGAGAGGGCGGAAGGCUUGCCAAUUCUGCCCCAAAACCUUCUAUCAUGCGUCCAGGCUUGCCGAACACACGGAAAGCCAUUCUGAGCAUAAACCGUUCAAGUGCAAAGUGUGCAAUAAGGGAUUUAAGACGUUUUACCUCUACACAACGCACCGGAAGAGUCACAUGAAGAGCCAGGAGGAGAAUUCCUCGCCACAGGAUGUGGACAAUGAUCGACCGAUGGAUAGGAAGUGUUUUGAGUGUGCAUUUUGUGGCAAUGAAUUCGCGACAAAGAGACAAAUCACCAAACAUUUAAGGAUUCACGCAAAGGUUGAGGACGAAGGAAGCGAAAAGUGGCCAACUGUAGAGGAUAGAGAGUGCAAAAUAUGCCAAAAGCGCUAUAAUACACUCAGAGGCCUGAAGAAGCACAUGCGCUUCCAUGAGAAGAAUCCCAAUGCAGAGCUGAAGUCGAAUCCUGAGGAGACGCCAUUUCCUUGUGACGUGUGUAAGAAGUUCUUCCGCAAUGCAUUCACGCUGGAGAGACACAAGGAGUUCCGUGACAGUGCAAAACUCCACUGUGAUUCGUGCAAUGAACACUUCUGUCGCUACACAGAUCUUUACAGUCAUCAGCGCAGUGUGCACAAGAUCAACACGUCCUUCCAGUGCAAUUUCUGCAGCGAGCAGUUCAGCAACUUCCGCCUCAUCUACAAGCACCACAAGCUCAGACAUCCGCAGGAAUUGGCGCCCGCCAGUCCCUUCCUGUGCGAAAUGUGUGGCAUCUCGAUGAUGGACUCACGCGAUCUCAAUCGCCACGUGAUGACUGUGCACGAGUCGAAGCGCCUGAAGUGCGACAUGUGCCAGAAGACCUUCCGUACCGAGGCAGAAGUCGAGGAGCAUCGUCGGAUCCACAUUCCGAUCUCGCAGCUCCAGGAUCUGUACGAGUGCGACGUGUGCCCGAAGAAGUUCCGCAUGAAGCUCACGCUGAUCAAGCACAAGCGUCUCCACGCUUCGGGGCAGAUGACAGAGAUGUUCUGCCAAGUGUGCGGAAAGCGCUUCAUCAAUGCCAAUAUGCUGCAGUUGCACAUGCAGAAGCACGCCAAUGAGGCGCCGAGACCCUUCAGGUGUGAAUUGUGCGGGCGGUAUUUCAAGAAAAUCAAGUACUUGAAUCAACAUCGCAAGAAUAAUCACAACAUCUUCACCGACAUGAUGCUAAAUCCCAAGCCAAAGAAGAAACAAACGAUAAGGAUAAAUAAAGGACUUACGCAAAGUGAUUUUAUUAUCGUUCAGACGAUUGUGGCACUUUCAGCAAUGGGAUUUUCACCCAUUGGCAUGGCAUUUUCCUCUCUUGCACUGCAGACACGAGGGAAGUUCCAAGGGAGCACUUUGCUACGAUGUCCACAGAAUCAAUGUCUUCCGUCACAGCCGAAUUCUCGCGGAAUCUGCAAUGAUAAUCGCGAUCAUGACACCAUUGUCCGUGCAGUAUCGCUUCUCCGGACGAAAUGUCUCAUAUCCCAAGUUCGUCCCCAAUUGAGACAAUGCCUCAAAGAUGAAAUCAUUGCACGCGACCCCGCCACCAAAGACAAUACUCUUUUUGCCAUUGGCAUCGAUCAAUCCCUCCUCUUCGCAGUAGUGCAUGGCUCGCUGAGUCCGAUGGCAGAUGUGCUUGGUGAUGCCACGAAGAAAACCAGCACAGAAGUCCUCAAAGUGUGGCAUCACAUCUCCUGGAUUCACCUGGAAUUCCUUCUCUCCCGCCAGAAUGCAGCGCCUUGCGGAGUUCUUCAGGCCAGCGAAGCUGAACUGACAAUCUCUCAUCUGCGCCAAGGGGACUGCUUCAAUUGCCGCUCCGCCAGAAAGUCGCCGAUACUCAGGCAGGUUGUGAAUGUUGAGCCGACGAGCGAUUUUGUCCAGCGCCUCACCGGGAGCAUCGUCAAUAGUUUCGCCCAGCAAGAAGUACUCGGUGACGGACUUGACCAGUACCAGCUGGCAGUGACCGCCGGAAGCGAGGAGGCACAAGUAGGGAAAAUCCACCCGAGAAGUCAUCCUGGCAGUGAGAGCGUGCGCUUCCAUGUGAUGAAUUGGGAUAAGAGGUUUGCCAUGACUUCUAGCCAGGAAAUCGCCGAGCAAACAUUAUGCAAUGCGCGUGUUUUUGUGCCCUUUUCUCGUGUUUUGGGGUUGCCGGGAACUGACCGGCGAACUGUUCUUGCAGUGGUGAGUUUGAGAACAGUUCCUAUAGUGACAGAAUUUUUUCAUCCAAUUGGAGAAUUGGAGUCAAAGAACUCUCUUGUUGUGAAAAUGGGUACAUUGGAAAACCCCGAAAAUCCUCUUGUGCAUUGUCACACCGUGAGGAAUUUGCUGAACAGGCUUAAUAGGAUUCACAGCGAACUCGUGGAUCAUGAAAAUACUAUUCCAAAGUGUGAAAUUUGUUGGCAAAAUCACAUCGAAUUCAACUCAGUCAAAGCACAGUUGCUGCUUAUUGUGCCAGAAAUUGCCUUGGCCAAGGAGGAAGUGGCCACUCAGCCGACCUUCGAGUAUGUCCAGCUUGAGGGCGGUGUGCAGGAUCAAUCACUUCCUGCUGCUGAGAUCAAGAAGGAAGCUGAAGAUUUCCCACUUCAAGAUCAAGGAGAUCCACCAUGCAAAAGUGAUGCAGAAAAUGAGUGGAAUUCGCCGGAGAGCAGUUCGGAGUCCUGUGAGAUGGUGAAGGAGCUGGAUGAGUUGCACAGUGCGAGGAAAAAGAGCAGAAAGAAGAAGAUGGCUUGUCAUUUUUGCUCCAAGACUUUCUACCAUGGAAAGCGACUCACAGAACAUAUGGCGAGACACACAGGAGAAAAGCCAUUCAAAUGUGAGACUUGCGGAAAGACAUUUAAGUCCUUGGAUUACUACGCCAGCCACUGUAAGAGCCACGAAAAGGACGAUAACGAGGAGAGCAUGUCCAAGACAGAACUGGAGACUGCAAAGGAAGAGGAAGAAGUGGAAAAGAAUCUCUUCACAUGUGAGUUUUGUGGCGAUGAAUAUCCUUCGAAGAAACAAAUCCUUUCACACAUGAAAACUCACGUCAGAGGAAAGGAGUCAAAGAGUGAUAAGUCCAGCAAGGACGAGAAAGCGUGCAAAGAGUGCAGCAAGAAGUUCAACACAUCCAGAGGCUUGAAGAAGCACAUGAGAUUCCACGAGCAGACAGCAAAUCAGCCAUCCGCAGAAGAAACUCCCUAUCUUUGCGAGGUGUGCAAGAGAUUCUUCCGCAAUUCAGUCACACUGGAAAGGCACAAGGAAGUGCGCGAUAAUGCGAAUCUCAACUGUGACACUUGCAGUGAGAAGUUCUGCCGCGCCACAGAUCUGUACAAUCAUCAGCGGAUUGUCCAUAAGGUGAAGACAGCCUUCCAGUGUCGUCACUGCGAUGAGCAAUUCAGCAACUUCCGCCUCAUCUACAGGCAUCACAAGACGACUCAUCCCAAGCUCACGGGCCCCACGAGGCCCUUUCUCUGCGAAAUGUGCGGCCUGACGAUGGUGGAUUCGCGCGAUCUCAACCGUCACAUGAUGAUCCAUCGUGGUCUGAAGCCGCACAAGUGCGACAUGUGUGAUAAGACGUUCCGCCUCCAAACGGAGGUUGAGCAGCACCGACGAGUGCACAUCCCGAUCGCUCAGCUGCAGGAUCUGUACGCGUGCGACGUGUGCCCCAAGAAGUUCCGCAUGAAACUCACGCUGUGGCGACACAAACGGAUCCACACUGGCCAGAUCACGGAGAUGUUCUGCCAAGUGUGUCGGCGACGCUUUAUAAAUGCUCACAAUCUCGAGAUUCACAUGCUAAAACACGCGAAUGAGGCUCCAAGACCCUUCAAGUGCGACAUUUGUGGCAAAUACUUCAAGAUACGCAAAGAGUAUAAUCUGCACAUGAAGAGAAAACAUGGUGUGUUUUCCUUGGAGAAGACCAGGAUGAAGAAAAAGGCCUAAAUUUGGCUGGAUUUUGCCACGGAAAUAAAUUCAGUUAAUAUUUUGGAAAUUGUGGAUUUUGAAUUGCAAAAUUCUCUGGAAUAUGAUUGGAAUA